AGAAUCUUAAGCAGGAUAAAAAACUAUCUGAUGAAAUAGAAUCUAAAAGUUUUUUAUUUGAAGCAGAGAUUUAUACUAUAGAUAAAGAGUCACAACUAGAGAUAGAACCUCUAACAAUAGAAUAA